AUGCCUCCUUAUCCAGUGAUGAGAGUUUCACCUAGGAGAGAGCUGAAGGCUGAGAAUCACAAGAGAGGGCAUAGCCUUGAGAGUGGGAUUGUUUAUCGACACAAGGAAGAUGAUCUUGCUCUGUUCAAUGAGGUGCGGAGCAAAGAAAGAGAUGAUUUCUUGCUUCAGUCGAAUGACAACUUUGACGACUUCUUCUCGAUAAACUUGAGAGGCUUAUCCGUUUAUAAGCUUGGAGGAUCCACUCCUGCUCAAGAAGAAAGUAGCGACCUGCUCAAUGCGGACCGUGAUAAAAAUGACUAUGACUGGUUGAUAACUCCUCCAGAAACACCUCUGUUUCGAUCUCUGGAUGAUGAGGCACAACCAGUUAAACCUGCACGUAGGGGCAGGCCCAGGAGAGAACCUAUUUCAGUCACACGAUCACCCACGAUGGAGAAAGAUUACAAAAGAGGUAGAGGCAAUGCAAGUCCUCAUCGCCUCAGCCCAUCGCCACGGUCUGGAAACAAUACAUUGCAAUCUAGAAGUAGGCCAGUUUUUGCCACUUGUUCAAGCCCACCUCCUACGAUGCAGCAUCAUUCUCCAACGAGGAGAUUGUCCCAUUCACCAACUAAAGCAACAUUUGCCCCAAGAUCUAGUUCGCCAACGCCUAGGAGGACAAAUACUGGUUCUACUGGCACUUCUGCCCCAUCAAGAGUGACAGGAUCAUUUCCUAUCAAGACAAAUCGAGGGAACUCUACUUUACCAAAGAUAAGGGCGUGGCAAAGUAACAUUCCUGGAUUUUCCUUAGAGGCGCCUCCUAAUCUUUGUACCUCACUGGAAGAUAGACCAGCAUCAUCAGUGAGAAGUGCCUCCCCGGCAUCUAAAACUAGCUCCAGAUAUGGCAGGCAAUCGAUGUCUCCAACUACCUCCAGGAGUGUUGCUUCAUCACACAGUCACAAUCAUGAUUUAUUUAGUCCCUAUAGUAAAGAUUCAGUUGCAUCAUCAGGCGAUGAUGAUAUAGACAUGCUACAACCCACUCCUCUCUGCAGCUCAGAUAAAUCAGCUCCAAGAAACUUAGGUGCUCAUCCUAGUGACAACGUCAGGAGCUUUUCCAAAAAAUCGAUGAAAAAACUAUCAAGUUCUGCUCCUAAAAGAUCCUUUGAUUUGGUCGGCCAAAUGGAUCACAGUGACCCUCACAAUAUGUUUAAGCCUCUGUUGUCCAGUGUCCCCGGUUCGACAUUCCAUGUAGGAAAAGUAAGCACACAUCAAUGUUCUCUGGUGUCCAUAAAUUCUUAUAUGACAAUUAACAGUAGUGCCAGUUGUGAUCAAGCUGCAAGUGGAGCCCAUGAGAUUGAAGGUAGUGAGCUAAAUCUGGAUGAUGUAAUGAGUGACUGUGUGAGGGGAAAUCAUCCAGUUAUUGACAAUGAAUUAUUUGUCAUGGAGCAUGGUAAUGAUAUAAAUGAAGAUAUCGAGAAUAGAAUCAUGGACGACUUACUUGGUAGUCAGCAUCGUGAAAAUGAUGCCCCGCUUAUAGUUGUCUCUACAUUGGAUGCUGGAAACAAUAAUGAAUUUGAUUGUCGGGAUGCUAAUGGUUCUCCAGAUACAGUAACAUGCUCAAAGUGUGGUCAUGUGUUCCACUCAGCUGAAGUAGUAAUGGAAAGAGAUCGACAACUUUGUCUGGAGUGCAAAUGUUUGGAAGUACGUUCAACUAUAACUGAUCCAUCAAACAUGGUAAUGGUUGGUCAGAACGAUACUCAUGAUGAUGUUCAAAUUAUAGAACAUGGAUCGCAAGAGGUCUUGGACAAAUUUGCAUCAACAUCAGGAUAUCUAGAACGUAGUUGUACUGGUCCGACAGAGAAAAAUAAUCUCGACUCUCAAAAUUAUUACAAUGGCACAAGCCAAAGUCCUUCUGUAGAGCUAUUUGAGGAAGGGGGGCCUUUUUUAGCUAGCGAGAAAAUGAUAAAGCAAUUGAUAAAUGGCCACAAUGGUUAUGAGGUUAACUCAAGCUCAAGGCUCACUGUUUCGGAUUGUGCAGGAAUAUCUUUGUUGCUGAAGAGAUCAAGCAGCAUUGAAAGACAUAUUGUGCAAAACAAGAGUUUCACAGCAAGUACUACCAGCUAUGAUGAUUUCUCCUAUGUGCCGAACAGUUUAAAUAGCAUGAGGAGCUCCACUGGGCACACCGAUGCUUCAGUAUCAUCAUUAAUUGAUCUAGGGUCCUCUAGGCAGACAAAGUUUCGUAAUUCUCGGCAAUCAAGUGGUCAUAGAUCAGAUACAAAAAAAUUUCGAUAUGAGAUGCCUUCCAAACUCAAAAGGUUUGUCUCAUCCAUGUCAAGUGCUUCGGGCCAUAUGUUUCAGGACCGAAGUGCCAUACCAAGUUGUCAUGAAGAUGGUUUUGAGGAAACAUGUGUAGAUCUUCGCGAACAAUCACUGACUUCUGAAUUUAUAGAAGCAGAAAGCACUUGCAGUGAUAUUGAGAGCAACAAUGUCUCAAAAACCACCACAGAACAGUCAAGUCAUUUGAUGGAUGACCAUUCAGAAGAGACUUCAGUCGAUUCAAUAUUAAUUUCUCGAAAGCCAGGAUCACAUGAGAACAAGGACAACUUGAUGAGCAAUUUCCAUAAUCUGUCAAUUAAGGAAAUGUCAUCCGUACAUUUGCGAACUUCUAAUCAAGUAGAUGAUGCCUCACCAAAUUCAUGUGUAGACAUGGUGGAUGCUGCAGAAGUUCGAUAUCUAAGUUCUUUGAACGCAAUAUCAGAAAAUAAAAUAGAGAAUGAUGAUUCUGCAUAUUAUGGUUCACAUUCCGAUGUCGAUUCCCCUAUUUCAAAAGGUUGCACUGGUGUCCACCAUGCUAGUGCUGUAAGAGCUACUGCCAAGGAAUUUGAAAUCUCACAUCAUGCAUAUGUUCUAGAAGAAUCGCAUAUUCUCUUAGAAGACACGGGUCAGGUAAAGGCGAAAACCCUGACCCUAGAAGAAGCAGCAGACGCGAUCCUUUUCUGCAGCUCCAUAAUCCACAAUCUAGCUUAUGAAGCUGCAAAUUUUGCAAUAGAUAGAGAGGCCUUACAAGCGGAAGCUCUGCGACCAGCAGUAGCGCUUGUGGGCAAAUCUAACUUUGAAAGAGAGGAUGCAUGUUCGGGGAAGCGUAGUUCCAGGUCCCAAAAAGCUCGAAAACAAAGCCAGGAAAUAGAAACUACACCUUCUAAUUCCUGCAACUCUGAAACCGACGAGAAGUCUAGCCCAUGUGUUGUUGGCAUUUCUGACGAUGGAGCUCUGGAUAAUGGCGACAGCACAAAGCCUCCCAAGCUAGAAUCCAAGUGCAAUUGUUUGAUCAUGUAA